AUGGCACCAACAUUGCCAGAGUGGGCUUCCAUUGUCAAGAACAAAGUUCUACGAAUAUUUCAGAACCCAAAUCAACAACAAUACGAUGAGUUCGAAUUCGCAAACAAAUCACAUUUAGAAAAGUCUUCCAUUCCCUACACUGAAGAUUAUUCGGGUAGUGGUGAAUUCGGUCUACAAAGUCCUACCGAGUCAUUGUCUUCGCCCGUUCGUCCACCACUCAGACACAUCGAUAAAUACAUUAAGCCGGAAAUACCGAAUCUCAGCAAACGAUAUACAAUAGCUAUACUAACAUGCGUCGGUUUCAUGAUUUCAUUUGGGAUGCGGUGCAAUAUGUCAAUGGCCAAACUGAAAUUUAACAUAGGAUCAGAUGACGAUGAUGUCGCUAGUCAAAAUAUCACCACAACUACAAUACACACGCCUUUGGCCAACACACCGAUUCACGAACGGCCGAUCAACUGGUCCCUUGGAUCGUUUGUCGCCAUCGAAAUGUCAUUCUUUUGUGGAUAUCUGAUCACCCAAGUACCCGGUGGUUUUCUGGCGUCCAUGUAUCCGGCAAACAAAGUAUUCGGGGUCGCUAUUGCCAUGUCGUCCUGUCUGAAUCUGUUGGUGCCUUCGGCGACGGAGAUCGAGAAAUCCCUUUACGUUAUAAUCAUCAGAAUGUGUCAAGGACUGGUUGAGGGUGUCACGUAUCCAGCUUGUCACGGAAUCUGGAGACAUUGGGCGCCGCCGUUGGAAAGAUCGCGUCUGGCCACCAUAGCCCUGUGCGGUUCGUACGCGGGCGUAGUGGUCGGCAUGCCGCUGUCCGGUACUCUGAUCGACUGGUUCAGCUGGGAGGCACCGUUUUACGUAUACGGAGUUUUGGGAUUGAUAUGGUAUGUGUUCUGGCUGUGGCUGUGCUUCGAGAAGCCGAGUCUCCAUCCCACCAUAUCGGCCAGAGAGUUAAACUACAUCGAAUCGUCGUUGGGUGCCGCCAAACAGUCAGCAGCACCGACAAUCCUCAACACGCCUUGGAAAGAAUUUUUCACCUCCAUGCCCGUGUACGCUAUUAUAGUCGCUAACUUUUGUCGGUCUUGGAACUUUUACCUCCUGGUGCUGUUCCAGGCGUCGUAUCUGCACUCGUUCAACUUCGAAGUGUCUGCAACUGGUUACAUCGGAGCUCUACCUCAUCUGCUGAUGACCAUAGUGGUGCCACUCGGAGGUCUACUGGCCGAUCACAUACGGAAAAACGGUAUCCUAUCCACGACUGCUGUCAGGAAGAUUUUUAACUGCGGUGGUUUCGGCAUGGAAGCCACAUUUUUCCUCGUUUUGGCCAACGCACGCACACCACUCAUGGCCACAAUUGCCUUGACAUGCGGUGUGGCGUUCAGCGGGUUCGCCAUUUCUGGAUUCAACGUAAACCAUUUGGACAUUGCGCCGAGAUACGCCAGUAUACUGAUGGGUAUAUCUAACGGAAUCGGAACGAUAGCCGGACUCCUGUGUCCGAUCGCGAUCAACAUCAUAAUCAGACAUAAGACAAGGCAGAGCUGGAGUGAGGUCUUCAUACUAGCAGCUGUCAUUCACUACAUUGGAGUGAUAUUUUAUGGUAUAUUCGCCUCGGGAGAACUACAACCAUGGGCCGAACCCAAGGUUGAAGAAGAUCAACAAAUGGAUGAGGUGAAUGUCGAUAAGAAGAAUAAGCUAUCGUCGUACGGUUCGGUCGAACAGUCGUCGGGCAAAGGAUUCGUGAACGCUGGCCUGAACAUCAAGAGCAACGGCGGUGAUACCGAACCUGCGCCGCCAACCGACAACCCGACAAAUCCGUUUCUGGCCAAGCCCGCCGCUGCCACCGCCGCCACUAAUCCAUUCGUUACAUCCGAAUAAUAACUUUAAUACCUAUUUAUUUUGUUAUAACAAUAUUAAUCGGUGUAUCUAACGGAUAAUUCGAGUUCGGAUCGCACUGUCAUAACGUCGAUUAUUAUUAUUUCACGAAUAUUACAUUAUACAGGCCGGUAUUUCGCGAGCAAUAAUAACCGUUAAUUGCGUAGUCUCAAUUGUGUUUUUCUCUCGUGUAGUUGUUUUGUAGAUAUUAAAUUAAUAAAUUUUAGGUAGACAAUAAUAUUACAAUCGAUUUUGUCUCAAUCAUUCUUAGGUAAUAAUUAUUAGUAAUUAUCAUUAUAAUAAUUAUUAUUAUUAUUAUAUUAUAGUAUUAUCGUACUCACUCAUCUUCGCAUCUAAAUUGUAUUGAAUUAUAAUACGACCUAGAACACGAAUUUCGCGUUUAUUGAUAAAAUGUAGCGUAAAUCGUAAUAAAUAUGCAUUUAUCGAUGUUCCCUUAUUUAUUAUCUUAAUAAUAUAAAAUACUGUCAAUUUCUUUUUAUACAAUAUCGAAUAAUAGAUAUUGUCUUGUAACGGAUGUUAAAAUAAAUAUAAAAUUAUAUAAUAAUGUUUCAUAAAGCUUUGUCGGCUCGAAAGCCCUCAGCCAUAAAAUUAUAACAAUAAUAUUUAAUAUUUUGAUAUAUUUCAUAAUUUUAUGUAGGUAGAAACUCAAAAUUGUAUUCGAAAUUAUGGAACUUACGUAUAACCCGGUACCCGGUUUCCCGCUAUUUUCGAAAAAUGUUUAACUAAAAAAUAUCAAUAUCAAGAUUACGUAAAUAAAAUAUAAUAUUAAUUAUGAACUAAAAA